CCAAGAAUUAAAUAUGCUGCGCGUUCCCAAGUUUCUGCCACGCCUCGCACGCCAGGCCAGUCUAGCAACGCCAACGAAUAUGUCGGCUGCUUCUAGCAUUUUCCGCAAUCUGCCUGGUGCCUGCAAUGGUCUCUCAAAUCAAUUGCGCCACAAAUCAGGUGAGGUUAAGGGCGCCGUUAUCGGUAUCGAUUUGGGCACCACAAAUUCCUGCCUGGCCGUGAUGGAGGGCAAGCAGGCGAAGGUCAUUGAGAAUGCGGAGGGUGCAAGGACAACACCCUCCCAUGUGGCAUUCACCAAGGAUGGCGAACGUUUGGUUGGCAUGCCCGCCAAGCGUCAGGCUGUCACCAAUUCGGCCAACACAUUCUAUGCCACAAAGCGUUUGAUUGGCCGACGCUUCGAUGAUCCCGAGGUGAAGAAGGAUAUCACAAAUCUGUCCUACAAAGUUGUGAAGGCAUCGAAUGGCGAUGCCUGGGUCUCCUCCACAGAUGGCAAAGUCUAUUCACCCUCGCAAAUUGGCGCCUUCAUCCUCAUCAAGAUGAAGGAGACAGCCGAGGCAUAUCUGAAUACGCCCGUCAAGAACGCCGUUGUCACUGUGCCCGCCUACUUUAAUGACUCCCAGCGUCAGGCUACCAAGGAUGCUGGUCAAAUCUCUGGACUGAAUGUGCUGCGUGUCAUCAAUGAGCCAACAGCUGCUGCUCUGGCCUACGGCAUGGACAAAACCGAGGACAAAAUCAUUGCUGUUUACGAUUUGGGUGGCGGCACUUUUGAUAUUUCCAUUUUGGAGAUCCAAAAGGGCGUCUUUGAGGUAAAAUCCACCAAUGGCGACACUCUGCUGGGUGGCGAGGAUUUCGACAAUGCCAUUGUUAACUUCUUGGUGGCAGAGUUCAAAAAGGACAGCGGUAUUGAUAUUCGUAAGGAUAAUAUUGCCAUGCAGCGUCUCAAGGAGGCCGCUGAGAAGGCCAAAUGCGAACUGUCCUCCUCGCAGCAGACCGACAUUAAUCUACCAUAUCUGACCAUGGAUGCCGCUGGACCGCAGCACAUGAAUCUGAAAAUGACUCGCGCAAAGCUGGAGAGCCUGGUCGGGGAUCUCAUCAAGCGCACAAUUCAGCCAUGCCAGAAGGCAUUGUCUGAUGCUGAGGUAUCCAAGUCGGAAAUCGGUGAAGUUCUGCUCGUCGGCGGCAUGACCCGUAUGCCCAAGGUCCAGGCCACAGUCCAGGAGCUGUUUGGACGCCAGCCGUCGCGUUCCGUUAAUCCCGAUGAGGCUGUUGCCGUUGGCGCUGCUGUGCAGGGCGGUGUUCUCGCUGGUGAUGUCACUGAUGUGCUCCUGCUCGAUGUGACGCCACUGUCGCUGGGCAUUGAGACAUUGGGUGGCGUUUUCACACGUUUGAUUUCGCGCAACACGACCAUUCCCACCAAGAAGUCGCAGGUCUUCUCGACGGCCAGCGAUGGCCAGACUCAGGUGGAGAUCAAGGUGCAUCAGGGUGAGCGUGAAAUGGCCAAUGACAACAAAAUGCUUGGCUCCUUCACUCUGGUUGGCAUUCCGCCAGCACCACGCGGUGUACCACAAAUUGAGGUGAUCUUCGACAUUGAUGCCAACGGUAUUGUCCACGUCUCGGCCAAGGACAAGGGCACCGGCAAGGAGCAACAGAUUGUCAUUCAGUCGAGCGGUGGCCUCAGCAAGGAUGAGAUCGAGAACAUGAUCAAGAAGGCCGAGGAAUACGCCAGUGCCGACAAGCUCAAGCGCGAACUGAUUGAAAUUGUUAACCAAGGCGAGAGCAUCGUGCACGACACAGAGACCAAAAUGGAGGAGUUCAAGAGCCAACUGCCCGCUGAAGAGUGCGAGAAGCUGAAAACAGAAAUUGCCGAUCUGCGCACCCUGCUAGCCAACAAAGAGACGGCCGAUCCAGAGGAGGUGAGGAAAGCCACCACACAGCUGCAGCAGUCCUCCCUGAAGCUCUUCGAGAUGGCAUACAAGAAGAUGUCCGCUGAACGCGAGAGUAACGCAGCCGGUGGCAACAGCAGCAGCAGCAGCAGUUCAGGUGAAACUUCUGGCGAUGCCAAGAAGGAGGAGAAGAACUAAAUUAGACAACCGUAGACGUAAAAUGUUGUUCCCCACUUAUUUCAUAAUAAUCACAUUUGGAUUUCGAUUAAGUUCUAUGUUAACUUCAUAUUCCUGAUUCUUCAAAAUCAUCUUUAAUGCCUCACGACCCCCAAAACUCAUGAGCACAAAAAACACAACAAAAAACAAAAAAAAAAAAGAAGCAUUUACCCAAAUUGUAUAGUAAUAUGCGAUGACGAUAACGACACUUUCGACCCUGAACGAUAUGCGAUCAGUAAUUCUCAGUCACGACAGUUGCAUUAAGUUUUUAUUGUUUAUAAUGCACUCGAACGUCUGGAUCGAAAUCAUAUGUGAAUAUCUGUGGUGGAGUUGUGUGCUGUGCCUACUGUAAGAUUUUCCUUAUAUUUACUUUACGUUGAUUUUAAACUAGUUGUAGUUGUACAAUAAAACGAGCACAGCAGCCCAAGCCGCAAAAAUAAUA